AUGCUCAAAUUCACCCCCCUCCCAACUCCCCUCCCCCCAACCCCAGAAUCCAACCCAACAACACACAUAAAACAAGUCACACACGCCAACUCCUUCCCCUGCCGAAACUGCCUCCAAGACGGGCUCCCCGGCGAAGAAAUGCUCCUCCUAACUUACAACCCCUUCCCCUCGCCCUCCAGCUCCAGCUCCACAUCGCCAUACACAGUCCCAAGCCCAAUCUACAUCCACCGCACCCCCUGCGCAAAAUACCAAUGUAACGGGUCUGUCCCGGAGCAGCAGCGGAAACGGCUGGUGGCUGUGCGGGCGUAUGAUGCGGAGCAGAUGAUGGUUGGGUUUGCGGUUGUAAAGGGGGAGGAGUUAGCUAGGAAGGCGCGGGAGUUGUUUGGGGAUGAGGGGGUGAGGUUUUUGUUUGUUCAUUAUGCGGGGCCAGGGUGUUUUGCUGUUAGGAUUGAUCGUGGGGAGGAGGAGGAGGAGGAGGAGGAGGAGGAGGAGGAGGAGGAGUAG